CCUGAGUCUGCAGGGCCCCCAAACACCCUGAACAGCGUCGGGGGCCGGGGCUCCCCAGUUGUGGCCCUGGGAGGAGAGGGAGGCCAUCGAGAAUGCGUUGUUCAGGUCUGCACCGGCCCAGGUCCCCCCAAACUCAGCGGAGAGGUUUGCUCCCCGCGAAGAAGGAGCAAACUUGUCCCCUCCGCGUCCGCCGCACAAAUCCCAGCACCUGGUCCAAGAUGGGGUCCCAGGUCUCCAUGGAGGCAGGAACUGUGCACGUGGUGAUCGUGGGCGGCGGCUUCGGCGGGAUCGCGGCUGCCAGCCAGCUGCAGGCACUGAACAUCCCCUUCGUGCUGGUGGACAUGAAGGACUCCUUCCAUCACAAUGUGGCUGCCCUCCGGGCCUCUGUGGAAAGGGGGUUUGCCAAAAAGACCUUCAUUUCCUACUCGGUGACCUUCAAGGAAAACUUUCGGCAGGGCCUGGUGGUGGAGAUAGACCUGAAGAAUCAGACUGUGCUACUGGAGGACGGCGAGGCCCUGUCCUUCUCACAUCUCAUCCUGGCCACGGGCAGCACCGGGCUCUUCCCGGGCAAGUUUAACAAGGUCUCCAGCCAGCAGAUGGCCAUCCAGGCCUAUGAGGACAUGGUGACACAGGUCCAGCGCUCACAGGCCAUCGUGGUGGUGGGAGGAGGCUCUGCGGGUGUGGAGAUGGCUGCAGAGAUUAAGACCGAGUACCCAGAGAAAGAGGUCACCCUCAUUCACUCCCAAAUGGCCCUCGCUGACACGGAGCUCCUGCCCUGUGUCCGGCAGGAAGUAAAGGAGAUCCUGCUCCGGAAAGGCGUGCAGCUGCUGCUGAGUGAGCGGGUGAGCAACCUGGAGGGACUGCCUCUCAACGAGUAUCAGGAGUGCAUCAAGGUCCAGACAGACAAAGGCACGGAGGUAGCCGCCAACCUGGUGAUUGUCUGCAACGGCAUCAGGAUCAACACUUUGGCCUACCGCAGCGCGCUCGGUGAUCGGCUGGCCGGCAGUGGUGCUCUGAGAGUGAACGAGCACCUCCAGGUGGAGGGCUGCAGCCACAUCUAUGCCAUCGGUGACUGCGCCAACGUGAGGGAGCCCAAGAUGGCCUAUCACGCCGGCCUCCAUGCCAGCGUCGCCGUGGCCAACAUCGUCAACUCCGUGAAACAGAGGCCUCUGAAAACCUACAAGCCAGGUUCCCUGACAUUCCUCCUGGCCAUGGGGAGAAAUGACGGCGUGGGCCAGAUCAGUGGCUUCUACGUGGGGCGGCUCAUGGUUCGGCUGGCCAAGAGCCGGGACCUGCUGGUCUCCACAAGUUGGAAAACCAUGCGGCAGUCUCCACCCUGAGGGGGAGGCUGGGCAGGAGACAGUUCUAAAACAACAGGAAGAAAACAGAUGGAAAGAAACCCCUCGUGGAGACCUGGUUAAUUACGGACUGAGGCUCUUUUUAACGAGAAUAUAAAAACGCAGCGGGCUCUUCCCGUGGGCAGGACCUGCUCCUGCAGCCUCUGCUACCCGCUCCCCUGCCGUCACCCUUCCUCUCUCCUUUUGAAAAAUAAAACCCCGCUCCUGUGACUUCGAUCCUCCUGGUUUCCGGCGGCGAGCGCGGCGGCUACUUGGCAUCGAGCUUGGCCAUCUCCUGCACGUAGAUGCCGAUGCUCUCGCUGUCGAAGAGCAGGAAGUAGACGUUCUUCAGCGAGGACGCGCUCGAGUCAUCGAAGUGGGCCGAGAUGGCUUUGAGGGUCACCUGGGCUGCCGUCUGUUUGGGGAAGCAGUUUCUGGGCAGAAAUAAAAGAGCCAAUGUCACUUUG